AUGAAGGACGAAUCUUUGCAGGCACUUGUUCCUUUGACUUCGGCUGAGAAGCACGAGGCCCGCCUGGCAAGAGGAGGCGGCUGGAGAGAGCAUCUUGACGAUGAUGACCGCGCCGUCCUCGCCUUGCGAAAUCUGAUCUUCGACAUCUGCAAUCAGAAUGGCGGCGGUCAUGGCGGCUCAGCCAUUGGUAUGGCAGCCAUCGGUGUUGCCCUGUACAAACACACGAUGCGUUACAACCCGUCAAACCCUUCGUGGUUCGAUAGAGAUCGCUUCGUCCUUUCCAAUGGCCACGCUGCAAUGUUCCUGUACGCUCUGAACCACCUCGUAGGCUAUGAUGCCUGGACAAUGGACGAGAUCAAGGGAUACGGUAGUGCCAAGGAAAACGGAUUCUCUACACUUUGCCAUGCCCACCCAGAAUCGGAGGACCCAGCAAUAGAAGUCACCACAGGCCCACUGGGACAGGGCAUCGCGAAUGCUGUCGGCCUGGCCAUCGCCUCCAAGAAUCUUGCCGCGCGGUAUAAUCGCCCUGGCUUCGACGUCGUCAGCUCGCGUGUAUAUUGCAUGACGGGUGACGGCUGCCUGAUGGAGGGCGUUGCACUGGAGGCCAUGUCCCUGGCCGGCAACCUGGGGCUCGACAAUCUCGUCGUCAUAUACGACAACAACCAGGUGACGUGCGACGGACCUCUCGACUGGAUCAACGUCGAGGAUGUCAACGCCAAGCUGCGAGCGUGCGGGUGGCAUGUCCUCGAGGUCGCCGAUGGUUCCUACGACGUCAGCGCCCUCGUCGCAGUAUUUCAGUUCGCCAAGACUCUCGUUAAGAAGCCCGUUUUUAUCAAUGUCCGCACCGUCAUCGGCCUCGGAACCUCCUCGGCGGGGACAUAUAAGGCACACCACGGUGUUUUUGACCCGGACAGCGUGGCCCUCUCCAAGCGCCUAGCAGGACAGGACCCGUCCACAACACACGAGGUUCCGCCAGCUGCUUUGGAGUACUUCAGAGAGAGGAAAGCACACGGUCAAAAGCUCCAGGGCGCAUGGGACGAUCUUCUCGAGAAGUACCAAAAGGCACACCCUGACCUGGCCAAGGAUCUCAAGGGCCGACAGGCUGGCGAGAACGGGACUGUAUGGCAGAAGACGCUUGAGAGCCUCGACAUUGGCCAGUUCAAGGGGUUCGCCACCCGUGAAGUGAACGGCACUAUCAUGGAAAAGAUGUGGAAAGACCACCCGGCGCUCUUCGGCGGCGGUGCUGAUCUGGUCAACUCCAACAAGGUCUCAUAUGAGGCAUCCGAGGUGUUCCACCCAUCCACGGGCUACUCUGGCCGGUACCUGCGAUAUGGCAUCCGUGAACACGCCAUGGCAUCCAUCUCCAAUGGUAUUGCGGCCUACAACCCAGGCACUUUCCUUCCCUUCACGGCCACAUUCUUCAUGUUCUACAUCUACGCUGCUCCAGGCGUCCGAAUGGGUGCCCAGAGCCGUCUUCCUGUGAUUCACUUUGCCACGCACGACUCGUUUGCCGAGGGCCAGAAUGGUCCGACACACCAGCCUGUCGAGCUAGAUUCUCUCUACCGCGCCAUGCCGAACCUAACUUACAUGCGGCCAUGUGACGCAGAGGAGGUCAUUGGCGCCUGGCUGCUGGCGCUCGGCAAGACCACGGGGCCCUCCAUGCUGUCUCUUGGCCGUGACGCAGUGGCACCAGUGCCCAACACCAGCCGUCUCAAGGUCACCAAGGGUGCCUACAUCGUCAAAGAUGUAGAGAAGGCUGCUAUUAUCCUCGCCAGCUGUGGCACAAACCUCCACUAUGCCGUCGCCGCAGCUGAGAGCCUGUCCGCCUCGGGUGUUGCCACCCGCGUCGUCAGCGCCCCUAGCUUCGAGCACUUUGACGUUCAGGACAGGUCAUACCAGGAGUCCGUAUUUCCGCUGGACGGUACCCCCAUCGUCAGCGUAGAAGAGUACAUUGCGUCGACAUGGGCACGAUACGUGACGGCAAGCAUUGGCAUGACCGGAUAUGGCUACUCAGCUUCCAACAAGAGCAAUUACGAUAGAUUCGGUCUAGAUGCGAAGGGGAUUGAGAGGAGGGUGAGGAGUUACCUCGGCGAGCUCUCUGGACAGGAUGCCAGGAAAGCUGGCUGGAGGGCCAUCUGA